GUCUGGGUCCAAGCGAUCGGAGGCCUUUUUUUGCUUCGACGGGCUGAAGAGCUUCGUUGUUGGAAAGCAGCGAGAAGAGGUCUUCCCGGCUGGCCAGCGCCCGAAGAUGGCGCCGGAAGUGGCGGGACAGACCGCGAAGAGACCUUUGCCGGGCGGGCAGGUCGAGAGGCUCGUGGAACUUCUUCCAGGGCCAUCAAGCGGGCCCACAGUGCUGAUCGAGGGCGUUGGCGCUGCUGCACUCCGCCGCUUUUGGGCCGCAAUGGCAGCUGUGGACCUUCCGCUGUGGAUGCUAGGCGAGGGCGCGCAGACGUGGAAUGUGCAGAAGCUGGCCGCCCUUCGCAAGGCGCGACAUCGAUGCAAAAUGGCCACAGCGCCCUUCCCAUUGGUCGCCCGGUGGCAUAG